CUUAGGACUCGUUAUAGUGUGUUGUACCACGGUAAAGCUCCUAAAACCCCACUGCCGCGUCUCUGUUGCUGUGUAACACGAAAAAACAUAUGGCAAACUGUGUUGUCUGUUCUUCGACGGCAAAGUACAGGUGUCCUAAAUGUUACAGCACUUACUGUAGUGUCGUCUGUUUCAAGGAACACAAAACCCAGUGUGACCCGGAAAAGAAGCAAACGAAUGAACAGGAUUCACAGGCAUCUUCCAUGCACAUCACAGUGGAGCCAUCUCCAAAUGUGAUUUACGUGAAUGGACGCGAGCCUAAAGUCGCGGAGGAAGCCCUGCCUAAAACAACAGACUUGCAACGAGCGCUGCAGGACGAAGGAAUUCAAGCAUACUUGAACGAGCAUCCCGAACUUGUGAAGCUUAUGGACCAGCUAGUACGUCUCCGGAGUCAAGAGACUACAAACGUUCCCGUAAGAACACUUGCAGCAAUCCAAAGUCAUCGAGACAACAACCCAGCAUUCACUGAACUUGCUAACAAAGUUUUGGAUUUGUGUGAGGAAUUGUAGCCACCAUCAAAGUGUAUCAUAGAAAAAAUUUUAGUGCUUUGGUCGUAAAACUUAGCCUUUUUUUUGAUAUAUCAAAAACGAGAAUGAAAUAUCGGUGUUAAGUCACUCUACAAGCGUACCAGCUCUAGGCCCAAGUGAGUCACUACGGCAAGCUGGCGUGCAGUACUGUGCCAACUCAUAUCGACAAUAGGCGUAUUCAAAAACACCGGAUCGACGUCUGUGGCAUGGGGCCGAUCAACUGAAACUAGUUGAAGACUUCCUCGGGCAGCACUAGCCGUUGCGAAUAAACGUGCAUAGUAGGGAUGUGCACGGGCGCCAAGAACGGUGCCUGAGAACGAAGUACUACCCAUCGCGUUGGGUAGAAGAUUCCGAGAAGGAAGAGUACCAUUGACUUCAGCGAACUCGCCGGCUCCUUGAGCGGAAUCCUUUGAAGACCACAACUCCCAACACGACCAGUUACCAUUCUUGCACAUGGCCAAAAUUGAGUUUUGAUGUUCGCCAGACCAUUCGGCACUACCAAGCGUGUCGGCGGCGUUCACUUGAACGCCGCUGGCGGAGAGACUAACAAUCCACGGACGUUGCGAGUCUUCGAUCUCCAUGACUUCGUCGGCAGUGGAUGAAGAAGCACUUGCUCCGGAGGAUGUCCAGUCAAACACACGGACUUGACCAUUACGCUCGCCAACAAGCAAGCGACGGGCAUCUGAACGGCAAAAACGCACGGAGACACCGGGCGAUGCAAGCGUGUAACCAGCGAGCACAGGUCCAUUAUCCGAAACACGCCAAACGAUAAGCGUAUUAUCAUCGCCAACACUGGCAAUUACAUGUUCGUCCAGCGUUUGGUCUGCGGAGUAAAUUUCGAUGAUAUCCACAUCGUUCACGAAGUUUUGGUGUCCAGAUGUACCGCCAAAUGUGUGUUGUGAAGUGAUCUCAGCGUCUUGUGUAAAGAUUAGCCGAACUGAAUUGUCUUGACAAGCACAUGCAAUGGACAGAGUACAUGAACUGUUUUCUUCUCCAUUUUCUGAGCUGUCUGGAGCUGUUUUAUGGGCGUAAAACGCCAAAUGCAGUGUUGGGAGGCCAGUUGCAACUGUGAAAAGCUGUCGAAAUGGCCAGGCACCUGUGCUUGGUUUUGCAGUAGGUUUAUAAAAUGUAAUUCCGGUUUCAUGUCCUUAUUAAACACAAUGUUAGUUUCGAGAGCACAGGUAAUCGUGUCUGCUACAUACCGACGGCAAAAAUGUCAGGCUGGGAGGAUCCUGGAAGCGCCCAUUUUAUGGUAUAAGGAAAUACUUCUAACGGUUGUCUAUGUUUGUUAGCGAAAUUCGCGUCGUUUCUAACGUGGUAAACUACCUAAUGCGAUUCUGCUGAGAAAUAGAAACCAUAACGCCAAUCUUAUUUCAAAUAGACAGUUCAGACGCGUUAAUGUUUUUUU